GGGCCCGAUCCCCAGGUGGAUGAUGUGGCCUAUUGGGGGCACCCCCUGGACCUGCACUUGGCCACCAAGGGGCUGCAAGGGUGGCCGAAGCUGCUGCUCGAGGUGUGGCACCUGGACGGCUGGGGCCGGGCGGAGGUUUUGGGGUACGGGGCGGUGCCGGUGCCCUCGAGCCCCGCCCACGAGCUCACCUGCCUGACCUGGGCCCCCGGGUUCGUGGGGAACGCCUGGCCGGGGGUCCUGGGGGCCCUGCCUGCUGAGCCCCGAGGGGGCGGCCUGAGGGCGGCCGAGAGGUUCCGGCUGCGCACCCGGAGCGCCGGCAGCGUCCGAGUCCACAUCGGGGUCCUGCCCAGGAAUUUGGGGAAAUUUGGGGUGGCCUGUUAG